AUGGAUUCCAGCAAGCAGCCCGUCAAGCUCGUCAAGGUGACCCGUGUCCUCGGCCGCACCGGCUCCCGUGGUGGUGUCACCCAGGUCCGCGUCGAGUUCAUGGACGACACCUCCCGUUCCAUCAUCCGUAACGUCAAGGGUCCCGUCAAGGUUGACGACAUCCUCUGCCUGCUCGAGUCCGAGCGUGAGGCCCGCCGUCUGCGUUAA